ACACCAGAAUGUGGUGCGGGAAACCUGCGUGUUUCCUGCACCAUGUUCAAAAGGCAAUGCAGUUGCGAUCUGCAGAGGGUGUCAAUGUUGAGUUAAUGACUUUCCAAAUGCAGUGUGUUUGCCCGCUCCGGAUACACAACUUUUGGUGUGGUGAGGUGCGAUUUAAGCCCAUUUUGCCACCAUGUGCAGCUGAGCACAACUUCCAGCCACUAUCAGGGGCGGACUGACCAUUUGAAAACUCGGGCACUGCCCGAAGGCCCGGGGUCAGUAGGGGGCCCCAUGAGAUGCCCCUGGUACCUUUUUCAUAGGCUUUUUUGAGUUUGGGCAAGAACACAGGGGCCCCAUGGUCCCCUAUUGCCCGGGGGCCCCAU